UUCUUUGCCCAUCUCAGUCUGGCCUGGGAUCCCGCCCUGCCAACACUCCUCCGUGGUGGUAUCUGCCGUGCCAACCCCGCGCCCACGUCCGCGAUCCUUUGCCCUUCUCCUUGGCUUUACCGAAGACAAGGCUAACCUAGAGUGUUAAUUCCCUUCGGUGUUGGAACAGUCCCUCGGCCUCGAGCCGCCGUUCGUUGAAGUGCGCCAUGACAUGCAAGCGCUUGUCAAUAGUUACGAAGAGCAGGGGGGAGUAAAUGCAACUCGUUCACUCUCUGGGCCCAAGAGCGGUGGGAGCGAGACUCGAGUGUGUGUGAUAUGUCAAGCGGUUACGACUUCUGUUUUUUGGCCAUGUUUUGCCUGUGACGUCGCGUCGUGCUGAAGGAACACCCUCUGUCUACCUCAACAUUCCCGCUUUGAAAAGAAGAGGGAACUAAGACCCCUUUUAAGAUCAGUGCUUAUAAGUAAAAAAAAAUAUAGAUACAUAUUUAUAUAUAAUAUAUAGAAAAUCAAAUAAACAAAACCAAAAUGUGUGACUUAAAAGAAGAAUCCCCUAAAGCCACUGAAAAGUCUUUGGAAGAUAAGCCAGUGACAAAUAACGAGAGUGAAAGGCUAAAGAACACAAAUCCGACGGACGACACAAAGACGCACGCGGAGGAAAGUGCCCAAGAGCCAAAACAACUUUCAGAAGACGCAAGGAGCACGUGUUCGAACAGCUCCUCCGACACGUCGUCCUCGGCUUCGUCUUCGGGCGCUUCCACCGCCUCCUCGACGUCCUCCGGGGCUCCAAGCACCGCCUCGGAGGGGGAGCCGUCGAGAGUGAUCAAGAUCGAGGACGCGGGGAGGCAGUUCGGCGUCGUGGAGCCCACCAAGCCCAAGACCUGGUUCGCGGCGUUCAAUUCCCUUCCACCGAGGACUCGCCAGACUGUGAGGACGGCCGUGAUCGCCCUCGUGUCCGCCCUCGCCUUGGUGGCUAUCUUCCAUUUAGCCAAACUUGCUGAACAUCCUGUAGCUCAAAAGGAAUCAACUGCAACGUUGGAUGUAGGCAUACCUGAGUCACAAAUAGAGGUCGAGAAAGUAUAUAAGUCCAGAGCAGGGAAGGCAGUUAAGAAGCAAGGUGCUGGCGGGGAUGAGAACGAAAGCGAUGGAGUGGAGCGGCCCGCCGUGCCCGUGGCCCACAUGAACCUGGCCCACAGUCCGGUGCAGGACAUGCUGGCCCGGGCUCGCAACCGUGCCGGCGGCGCCAAGCACCCUCUGCUGGGCAUCCCGAUGUCGCCCGAGAUCGAAGAGUGGGAGAUCAAGCGCCUGAACCGCCUGGACAGGUCGCGCGCGCGCCCCGCCAACGCCACGGAGAUCAAGCGGACGCUGAGCCUCGUGCAGACGCGCGUCGACACUGACCGCAAGGCUCUGGUGAGCAAGGACCUCCGGAUGUGGGCGCCCGGCGAGGCGCCCCUGAGGAUCCUGCUGGUGACGACGUGGCGGUCCGGCUCCACCUUCCUGGGCCAGGUGCUGGCCCACCACCCCGCCGUCUUCCAGCAUUACGAGCCCCUCAGUCCGCAGGGCAUCAAGCAGGUCCGGUCGGGGCGCGACGCCAUCCAAGCCCAGCAGCUGCUGCACCGCCUGCUCGACUGCCGCUUCGAGGGCAUGGACGACUACCUGAACUACACGCGCUCGCACCCCGAGGACAUGCUGGGCCACAACAAGAUCGUGUGGGAUUCCUGCCGCCACGGACCCAACACCAACGCCUGCUACAACGCCACCUUCCUGACGCAGGCGUGCCAGAUGUUCCCUAUCCAGCUGGUGAAGACCGUCCGCCUGCGGCUCAACCUCACGCAGCUCUUCCUGAACGACGAGAGGAUGAACCUGAAGGUGGUGUUCCUCGUCCGUGACCCUCGCGCGACCAUGAGCUCAAGAUACUCCUCGGUGUCCUGGUGCUCGGAUAAGCCCGACUGCUCCUCGCCCGAGGUCCUGUGCUCGGACUUGGAGGGAGACCUCAAGGUGGCCACGGCGCUGCGCCACCUUUACCCCGACAGCUUCACGAUGCUCAAGUACGAGGACCUGGCGUCGGAUCCCCAGGAAGAAAUCCACAAGCUGAUGGACUUCCUGGGGCUGGAGUUCUCGUCCGAGAUCGCCCAGUACGUCAAGGAGAACACGGAGAAGGACGACAACUCCCCCUGGAGCACCAAGCGCAAGUCGUCGGACCGGAUCUCCCUGUGGAAGAAGCAGCUCCCCCUGCAGGAGAUCCACACCAUCCAGAACGCCUGCGAGUCGGUGAUCAAGACCCUCGGCUACGAGAUGGCCGGACAGUGAUUGGCGCGAGAGACGGACACAGAGACAGAGGUCGACACCUGCCAAAAAUGAAACUCGAACCAGUCACAGGGAAUCUCAGGAUGGAGAGGCGGCCGCCGUCACCUCGUUAGCACCUCCUGACGAAGCAUUGUUCAUCCUGGACAAUCUCAGCCUCACUCAGGGCACCUUAACCGCAACUUGGCUCGUCCACGCAUGAUGAGGCAAGCUGGACGGUUUGCCAAGCGGACUGUCAUGUGUUAUGCUAUGAGAAAGUAAUUUUGUUAAAGUGAAUAUUUGCUCUAUUUUACCCUCGAUACUACAGCUGCGAAAAAAAAUGUCGAAAAUGUCAGUUUUCCACCUGAAAUGAAACAACUUUUGAGCUUGUACAAACUUAUAUCCAGAUCUUGAUUGUUAUGCGGAAUAGGUAAAUGAGCUGUACAUUUUCAUUUAUUUAGUGUUCAAUUCUCCUUUUCAAAAUUCAUAAGAUUCAUCAGUGGAAAAAAAA